GAGCCCUCUCCCCCAGGGCGGGGCUCCUUGGUAGACUACUGAGUCUGGGGGACACGGCUCCCCCCCCCACCCCCCGCCUGGCUCCUCCGUCAGGCCCCUCCUCCUGCCUCGGCUGCCACCGCCAACGCUAAACCGAGCUUCUUGACUGCAGAGGCAGCGGGAGCAGGGAGCUCCCAGUGCAGAGAGCUGAGCCUGCAGCCGGGCCCGGCCUCUUGUAGCUCAUUGUCCCAGCACCGAGGACAGCGCUGCUCCUCCUCGGCCCCAAGCUUCGUAAACCACGUCGCAGCACACGGCACCCCCUGCCCGCUUAGGGCCCUGGCCCCGCAGCUCCUCGUUCAGCACCGAGGACAGCGCCUCCCACCCAACCCCAUUGCUCCCACCGCCGCCUCCGAGCAGCCCGCCCGCGCUCAGUCUGAACAUGGCCACCGAGAAACCAUGUUUGCUGAUUGAAUUCAUUGUGUCUCUGGAGGGUCACAAUCUGCAGGAACUCCGGCGCAGUGCCUCAUUGGCCACCAAAGUCUUUGUCCAGAGAGAUUACAGCGAUGGGACCAUUUGCCAGUUCCAGACCAAAUUCCCCCCUGAGCUGGACAGCCGGAUUGAGCGUCAGCUGUUUGAGGAGACCGUGAAGACUCUCAACAACUUCUAUGCUGAGGCUGAGAAGAUUGGGGGUAGCUCCUACCUAGAGGGGUGUCUGGCUUGUGCCACAGCAUACUUUAUCUUCCUCUGCAUGGAGACCCAUUAUGAGAAGGUCCUCAAGAAGAUUUCCCGAUACAUCCAAGAGCAGAAUGAGAAGAUCUUUGCUCCCCGGGGCCUCCUUCUCACUGACCCCGUGGAACGAGGAAUGAGGGUUAUUGAGAUCUCCAUCUAUGAGGACCGUUGCAGCAGUGGCAGUGCCAGCAGUGGGAGCACUAGCAGCAGCGGCAGCAGCAGCGGAGGGGGCGGAGGGGCAGGGGGCCGGUGACUGGCCGAGAGUCCCUGCAGGGAGCUGUACUGCCGGGAUGAGGGCCUCUCAGAUCUUCGUAGGCUGCGCUACCAGAGUACCCGCUUCUGAGGCGCCCUCUCUACCUGCCACUCUGUUGGGGGUGGGGUGGGGUGGGAGGGGGUGGCUGGCCCUGAGAUUCAUCUAUGGGCAGCUGACCUCCAGGGGUCCCUGACGGGCAGGGGACUACUCCUUCCUGAUCCAGCGCCCUCACAGAAGGAGUUGUCCCCAUCCAGAUGCACCCCUUCCUAGGCCUGACUCCUCUUUGUUUCCUGGGGACCACUUCUGCUAUGGAGGAGUCCCGUGUCAGGGAUACUAUUAGGGGGCUCUUUCCCUUGGAGUGUCUCUUCUGUUGAGCUUCUACUUCUCCUCCAGCAGCUGCUCUCUUAGAGAGUCCCCAGAGGGGACCUUCUAUGCCUGAGCUGAGCAGAGGCUAUCAAAUCUGGACAAUCCCACACCCUGCAUGAUCCCUUAGCUUAGAGGACCCAGACCACUGGGUCUCUGUGAUUUCCCUGCCAAACGCAAUGGGUUGGCUAUACAAAUAACUCUCCUGUGUCCUCUUGCCUGCCCUCCUUCCUCUAGUGUCUUCCCCACAAUCUCUCCCAUCCCUUGCUUUCUAAUGCUAUCUGGUGGCCUUGCCUGAGUGUGAACCAUUUUCUCAGAGGAAUCUGGGGAGAUGGAAGUAACUGGGGGACUUUGUUAGUCCAGUCCCCUUUGGGGCAGGAAGGACAAGCUUUUUCUUCAGGUUGUUCAUAUUUCCCGGACUGAAAAAUCUCCCUGACUUUUGCUUUCCUCUCCUUAGCAAAGGGGGCAGGGGGAGGUACUCUGGUCAGGGGCAAGGCCCAACAGCAGCCAGAGACCUAUGGUCAAAGGAAGGGAAGGGAGGCACUCCCAUGUCUCCCAUGGGGUCUUACUUAACCCAGAGUAACUUUAUCAUGGAGAAACUAGUUAGCAGGCUAUUUGGUAGCCUUGGGAGUUUUGGUUUCUGUAAUGGGGACUGUCUGUCUGGGAAGGGAACAUUGGUGAGGAGGGGAUGAUGAGAAAGAAAGAGGUGGGAAAGGCAACAAAUUAGGGGAGCCUGAUCAUGGAUGUGAUGAGAAUAUUUGAGUGACAGACGCAUACAGAAAAGAGAGGUCCUUUGGCCUGUAAGGCAAAGAGAAGUAGGUAGGGAUAGGUGUGAAGGAAGAGGAGGCAGGGCUGUUCUAUUUCUAGGGGAUCAUCAUGGCCGAGUUCCAUUAAAAAGCCCCAACUCUCCUUUUUCUCUAGCUGGGUUCUGUAUUACUCUUGCCCCCCUUUAUUUCUUUCUCCUUGAGCUUUGUGUUACUGAGCAGGGUUGUAUGUCUAUGUCCCUGCAAAUGGGCUGGGCAGGUGUGUGUGUGUGUGUGUGUGUGUGUGUGUGUGUGAGAGAGAGAGAGAGAGAGAGAGAGAGAGAGAGAGAGAGAGAGAGAGAGAGAGAGAGAGAGAGAGGUUUGGCUACCUGAGUCUCUAUGUCCCUUCCUACAGGCAAUCUUCCUGGUGCUUUGCCUGUGACUAGACUGUCUCCUCCCUGACAUCUGUCUUAGUUGCAUAAGUCAGUGACUUCCCUGGCAUCUCCCUUCCCUGACUUCCUCUCCCACUUUCUUGGGUAACUAAGUAGCUGUGGGGCUGGGGUCUUUCCCUUCUUGACUAGGGGCUACCAAGCCAGGUGCUAUUACAUGCUUCCAGUUCCACUUCCUAUUACUGGGGCUUCUUUCCUUCCAGGCCCUAUUCUCUAUUCUGUAAAUAGGGAGUCAGAUUCCAGGAGGGCAGCUUCAAACCAUAGGGGCUAUGCCACUGGAAAGUGAUCCUAUUCAGACACUCCCCCUGUAGCUCCCCAUACAAGUUGUGGCCCUUCUCUCCCCCCUGUGACAUGGCUCCUCAAGGUGGCUGAGUGGGGACUCUCUCCACAUGGUAUGUCAUCAGUGGUUCUCUCAGCCACCCUCUGCUGAGAAACCAUUGCAUCUGAAGACAGUGGCUGGAUAAUUCAGUCUUUCCCUGAUGGCAUGCCAAGGACCUGGCUUUCCCAUGAGGGGAAUACCCAGCUAUGCUGCUGUAAGUGCCACUUGGCUAGAGAAAAAGCAAACUCCAACCCGCAGUUGCUGUAGCAACAGAAACCAGGGAGCAUCUCCCCCAGAGCUGAGACACAAGGAAACUGAAGAGGACUGUAGCCUGACCAGCAGGGAACUGGGAACUCUGCACCCCACCUCCCCUACCCACUGGGAGGCACAGAGAAGCAAGUCAUAAAGAGCCAGCAGGGAGUUUUCCAAAGCUGGGAAGAAGGAUGGAUUCUGUUUCUGCCAACAGAGGAACACCGCAUAUGGACACUUCCCCCUGGCCAACAGACCAAUCCAGACUGUGUGGCCUUAGAUAGUCAGGGCUGGUUGACUGUGGCUUAUUUCUCACCUGAAUCACAGAGAUCAUAAGAGCAAGCCUGGCCAUUUUCUGGUCUGCCUUGUUUCUUAAUGUUUUUUCUGGUUUUGUGUUGGUGUUCCUUAUUUAAAACCAAUGUCUUUCCACCCACCUUCUGGAUGUCCAUGCAUGAAGAACAGAAAAGCCUUUUGUUUUUAAUCAAUAAAAGGACCUGCUUGACGUUG